AUGUGGGCAGGAAACGCCAUGCAACAGCAGAGACGCGAUCACGCUUUUUCCUCCCGCACCGUUGCACAACACAGCGCGAUCAAAAUGCGCUUUAAUUCCCCGCGCUGAUGUCCAGGGCCGGUCGCUCUCCUCGGAUCUGCUCCCGGCAGGCCCUCACCGAGCUGACCCUGCCUCGGAGGAUUCACCGGUUUUGACGGCUACCGGAGGGAAGGGGGGUGUAGCAGCCUUCCCCAGCUCCGAUUGAAAACAUCGGAAGGACGGAGACAGAGAGGGGGCUUCUUUAAGGGGGAAAAAAGGAGGUGUCUGCUUUUCCUCUGAACCAUGAGGGAGUACAAAGUGGUCGUUCUGGGUUCGGGCGGAGUCGGUAAAUCGGCGCUGACGGUCCAAUUCGUGACGGGCUCCUUCAUCGAGAAGUACGACCCGACGAUAGAGGAUUUCUACAGGAAGGAGAUCGAGGUGGACUCUUCCCCGUCGGUGCUGGAGAUCCUGGACACGGCCGGUACCGAGCAGUUCGCCUCCAUGCGGGAUCUGUACAUCAAAAACGGUCAGGGCUUCAUCCUGGUUUACAGCCUGGUGAACCAGCAGAGCUUCCAGGACAUCAAGCCCAUGAGAGACCAGAUCAUCCGGGUGAAGAGGUACGAGAGGGUGCCGAUGAUCCUGGUGGGGAACAAGGUGGACCUGGAGGGGGAGAGGGAGGUGUCCUCCGGGGAAGGCAAGGCGCUGGCCCAGGACUGGAGCUGCCCCUUCAUGGAGACCUCAGCCAAAAAUAAAACCUCGGUGGACGAACUGUUUGCAGAAAUAGUGAGACAGAUGAACUAUUCCAGUGUUCCCAGUGGAGGAGACCAGUGCUGCUCAUGUGUCCUGCUCUGAAGGAGCCACCAGGAUGUGCAGAAACUUGGAAAAGUUCUUUCUUUCUUCUUAAAAGUUUUCUCUCUCUUCACACUGUUGUCUUAUUGUUGCACAAGGACAAAAAAAACAAAACAAAAAAACAACAACGAUCCAUUAUGUAUCAUAGUCUGGAAAGUGUUUACAUGACAAAGUACUUGAAUUUAUAGCUUUGUAUUUGACACUUCUCUGGAAAAUGUGCCUCAGUGGGAAUGUCUAGUUGUGAAACCUAAGAGUCAUGUGUUUUCAGGCUUUUUUUUAUCAUGCUUAUUUUUUUUUUUAUUUCUCCCCUUUUUUCCCUUCAGCUCUGUUGUUAUUUCUUCCAGGGCUUGAUUAUUUUGUUUCAGAUGUAAGUGGUGGUGGGUGUUUUAUUUUAGAUCCCUCAUAGAGAAGCAAAAUUUGCUCACUUUUAUAACAUUUGUUGUGAGAAGAGCUAUGAAAGCAUUUAAAAUCACCACUCAAGCCUUGCACAGCCUAGUUCAAGCAGUUCAAUUAAAUCCAAAAGGCACAAACCCUCUGCCCGCCCAGUCAAAGUUGAGUUAAGCCAAUAUAUUUAUGUAUUACUGCCCUAAACACAUCCACAGGUUGGUGAUUUGUUAAUUUCUUCUUUCGAACCUGCACCCAGCUGACUGUGUUCCUCCUCGGUGCAUUGCUGUCGCUGCAUGGGGAACACUACGACCCCGUGUCAAGUGCCUUCCCUCUUUUCUCUUGUGACUGUGCCAACUGAUGAGCCCUUACUUCCUCUGCAGUGCGUCCUGAUGGCAAUCAGAACUUUUGAACAGGUUUCCAGCCUGCACGUCGUUUUCGUUUGGUUUCAAAGUAAAAAAUAAAAUAAAAAAGCUUCUAUUUUUCAGCCUGAGGGCUGAGCUUGUAAACAGACAUCAGAUUCAGGCCAUUACCAGAGGUACUAGUCAGAUAAGAACAAACAGAUAACCCACUGGGAUGUUGGUUCAGUAAAUGGUAAGCCAUGUUUUUAUGUAUGAUGUAGAUUUUUUCUUCCCUUUUUUCUAAAAUGUGACAUUUUGGACUUGGUGUAAUUGUAUUUCUGCUUUUUUUUGGACAAUAUUUUCUGCCAUCCACUUGUCCGUUUGAGAGACUUGGAAUACAGAAGACAUUUUAUGUAACAGUG